AUGACGGGGGAGGAAGACGGCGACGUCACCCUGGAGGCUUUUCCAGCUAUGGAUGCUCUUUUUGAGCUGAACGAGAUGUCAUACGAAGCAUCUGGCGGUGCCUUGAAGGCGGGCCAUUCAGCUGAGGUGGUCAUUAUGAGACCGAACGAGGAGAUUAACUCGUCGUCGUUUUUGGAUGAAGCUGCCUUGGAUGACACUAAAAGGGAAUUUCAAGACGUCGUCCCCAAAGACCCGCCGUCAGUCUUACCUCCGGACCGAGGUGUGCGUCAUGAGAUUGACCUGGUUCCGGAAACAAAUACUGCGUAA